ACACACUCACCCCCGGCCGCGGCUGGACAUGCACACCCAGCGCCCGCUGCCGGCGCCCACACUCGCAGGUGGCGACACUCACCUGAGCCGGGCUGCGGCCGCCUCGGGAGCGGCGGAGCGACAGCCUGGGCCCGGAAGGGGCCCAGAGCUGGGAAGGCAGGAGCGGCCCCAGAGCGGACCUGCGAUCUGAGGUGAUAGAUAGCACGCUUUCCUCCAUCCCCAUCCUCCGGGACCCGGAUCCCCGCACCCAGCCAGCCCGCGGCGCCCCGGAGCAGCAGGGAUCCAGGGGCUCGCGGGCGCGGCCCCCAGGCGGCCGCACGCUUCGAGGCGCGCUCACCGAGAGGGGCGCGGCUGAGCCCGGGCCGGAAACUUGGGCGAAGUUAGUUGCGAGUGCCUGGCUGCGGCGACCGGAGCGCGGAGGAGGCGCCCGGGCCUGGCCCGCCGCGCCGCACCGAGCCGCCCGCCCUCCACGUCUGCAGGGCUCCGGGAGCCCGACGCCUUCAGCGCGCCCGGGGAAGCUGCGAGCCGGCGGAGCAAGCAUGGAUCCGGGGACAGCCUGCAGCAGCGAGGCGGAGAACCCGGAGCGUCUCCACUGAGGCCCGGCCACCCAGCCUAGCUCACGACCUCAGCCCGCCUCCUUCCUCGCCUUUCCUGCGCCAGAGCCGGGGAGCGAGACCCUGGAGGCAGCUGCCGGGGGACAGCAGAGCUACGGGAUCCGGGGGUGCCAUCAGCGCGCCCUGACCCCAACCCCGAAGACCGGCCUCCGCUGCGGUGUUGGUGUCGCUCUCGGUCGCCGCGCUCUGCGCGCCCCGACCCUCCCCCUCCUCCUCCUCCUCUCCGCGGCCACCCCUCCCCCACUCCCAUCUGCUUCUGUCAAAUGAGAAAGUCACCGGGGAGAACCCAAACACUCCAGCCGCCGAGAGCCCCCUUUGGCACUCGGCUGCACGCGGCGGCGGGCUCCUCGGCUCAACUUGGUGGAAUCCUCCGUCGCCUAACUUUCGGGGCGGCUUGGCACUGAAGGCGCUGAAGACAGAGAGGGGAGAGCGGACCCAGGCAGUGGCCACCUGCAGGGAGUUGGCGAGCCAAAGCAACGGGACCGGGACCGAAGGACAGAAAAGCAGAGGGCAAAGUGCCACCGCGGAGUGGGGACACCUAGGAGAACUUCCAGGGUCCCGGAGAGGAUUUUUUCUCUUCGAGCUCGGCCGGACAGACCCAAGCGGCCCGGGACGCAGCGCCCCGACCCUGGGCUGGUGGCCUGGUCCCCUCUUCCCGCGCGGGAGCGACGCGGGGACCCACAGCCGCCCGCCGAGCCGGUCCCCGCUGGCAGCCAACAUUGAUUUCCUCCGGGCGGAGGCCGAGGGCCCGGGUGGCGGCGGCGGCGGCGGCGGCGGCGGCGGUGGGCUGCAGCCGCGGCACGGCGACAGCAUGUCCAAGCCGGUGGACCACGUCAAGCGGCCCAUGAACGCCUUCAUGGUGUGGUCGCGGGCUCAGCGGCGCAAGAUGGCCCAGGAGAACCCGAAGAUGCACAACUCGGAGAUCAGCAAGCGCCUGGGCGCCGAGUGGAAGCUGCUCACCGAGUCGGAGAAGCGGCCGUUCAUCGACGAGGCGAAGCGCCUGCGGGCCAUGCACAUGAAGGAGCAUCCCGACUACAAGUACCGGCCGCGGCGCAAGCCCAAGACGCUGCUCAAGAAGGACAAGUUCGCCUUCCCGGUGCCCUACGGGCUGGGCGGCGUGGCGGACGCCGAGCACCCGGCGCUCAAGGCGGGGGCCGGGCUGCACGCGGGCGCGGCGGGCGGCCUGGUCCCCGAGUCCCUGCUCGCCAACCCCGAGAAGGCGGCCGCCGCCGCCGCCGCCGCCGCCGCGCGCGUCUUCUUCCCGCAGUCCGCCGCCGCCGCCGCCGCGGCCGCCGCCGCCGCCGCCGCGGGCAGCCCCUACUCCCUGCUCGACCUGGGCUCCAAGAUGGCAGAGAUCUCGUCGUCGUCGUCCGGCCUGCCGUACGCCUCGUCGCUGGGCUACCCCGCGGCGGGCGCGGGCGCCUUCCACGGGGCGGCGGCGGCGGCUGCAGCGGCGGCGGCGGCCGCCGGGGGGCACACGCACUCGCACCCCAGCCCGGGCAACCCCGGCUACAUGAUCCCGUGCAACUGCAGCGCGUGGCCCAGCCCGGGGCUGCAGCCGCCGCUCGCCUACAUCCUGCUGCCGGGCAUGGGCAAGCCUCAGCUGGACCCCUACCCCGCGGCCUACGCCGCCGCGCUAUGACCCCGCGGGGACCCGAGCGCGCGCGUGUACAUAUGUAUAGGCACGGGACGCGGCCUUCCGGGCGGCCGGGGGCCCCGCGGGGAUGUACAUAGGCGUCUAGGUGGCAGGCAGAGGCGGAGAUGCCAGUCGGGGCUCGAAAGGCCGAGCGUGGCAGGGCGCGGGCGAGAGCGCGCGUGGAUUCCCCGGGAGCCUUCCCCAGCCGCCCUUCUGCAGCCCACCCGAAAGCGAGCGAGCGGUUGUUAGCGCCAGCGGUGGCUUUCGGCUUUGCACUUCGGAACCUGUUGCGUUUUGACCCACCGAGGUGGGGAGUGGGGGUGGGGGGGAGAAACUUUAUGACCAUGUUGGGCUUUCCAGUUUUGUUGGUUAGAUUUUUGCUUUGGGCGUCUCGUCCUUCCUCCCCCACCCCGCCCCCGGUCCCACUUGGUCCGUGUUGCGUGCGCUCGGUUCUGAUGUUGGGUCUGAAAGACCUGGCCGAGGGGGGAGAGCCCACCGUUAGCUUCUUUGAGUCGAGUGACUCUGGGCAGCCUUACUCUGUACUGUUGAAAUUCUGCAGACCUCUGCAGAAGCCACCCCGGAUCUAUUCUUGACCAGUGAGUGACCAGCUCGAAUCCGGCCUUUUGUAGGGGAGAUGAUCGCCCUUUUGUUUCAUCCCGUGUGCAAGUCAAAGCAAGAGCUUUUUUUUUUUUUCUUCCCCAAGAACAAGAAAUGCAAAGAAAUGCGUGUGAGGUGGAAGUUGUUGGUUCGAUAUUCUACCCCUGAAAUAUAUCUACUUUCUGAGUCCGCUGGCUUGGACUCGUGACGCAGUUUACGAACGUGUGGAAAGUACACACACUAUUUCCCCUCAAAGCUGGGCUCACCUUAAGAUUGUAAAUGUGUGUAUGCCAGUGAAAACAUUGAGUCUUGGGAAAUGUGUUAUUUUCUUUGCCCUAAAUUUGAGUCGGUUUUAGACUCAAUACAUGCUGAGCAAAUGUCAAAGUUAACUUUUAAGAAUUGCGGAACUUUCAGAAUCGCAAUUUUAUCUACUAUUAAAUCAGACUUUUUUGUCUGGUCGUAAUUAUAUAUUUAUUACUUAGCAAAACUGGAAAAAACAGAAAGAAAGCACAGAAUUGUUUUUGAAAGCUGCCUCUCGCCAGCUAGUAUUCCUCUCCCACGCUGAAGUGUUUUGAUGUGUUUUUCAGAGCUCCUUUCCCAUUUAGCUUAUUUUCUAGACCGCCUGCAAUUCACUUGCAAAUUAUGAUAAAACUCAUUUUAGAAAAAAAAAAAACCUUCCUCAAAUUAUAGCUUUUUGUUCCUUUUUAAAUGUAUAUAUUUUGACUAAUGUUUGUGAAUGAAGUUGCUAACAUGUAUUUAGUUUCAUUUUGGCUUUAUGUAAGAUAAAGUUUUAAAAGUUUAAAUAUUGGUUUUAACUUUUAUGUGUAAAUGGUUUUCUUGUGCGAUCUUCUAAUUUAAUAUUAGAUGCGUCUAAGCUAUAUCUGUAAAUUAGAACCUACUAUCACUCUGUUCAUUUUUUUUGAACAAAGAGUUUAAAUAAAGCCUGAACCAGGGAAAAGAGAAAA